CCAGCCUUCCAAUUCCAUUUCACACCACCAUAAAAACACACAGACACACACUGAUUCAACUCGCCUCGGUUCACGCUUUCACCCCACAGAAUUUUGCUACAAAUUCCCAAAUGCAGCCCUCGCUUUCUCUUUGCAUGCCUCACUCUCCCAAUUCCUUAGCACUCGACUCGUGUUCUUCGCUGACUUCACCGAACCUACGUUUCUGCGGUCUACGACGGGAAAUCUCUGGGUUUUCAGUUCCCUCGCAGCUGAAGCGCGGCCAGUUUAUUCGAGCAAAGAGGCUAAUUUUUCCGAGAAAAGCGCAGGCGAGUCCAGCGAAGGUUUCUGCAUCUUCGGAUGAUAAUGGAAGCCCUCCCAAAUCCUUUGAUUACGAUCUCAUCAUUAUUGGCGCUGGCGUCGGUGGUCAUGGAGCUGCAUUGCAUGCCGUGGAAAAGGGUCUAAAAACUGCCAUCAUUGAAGGAGACAUGAUGGGUGGAACAUGUGUAAACAGAGGCUGUGUUCCUUCAAAAGCUCUUCUUGCAGUUAGUGGCAGGAUGCGAGAACUCCAAGAUCAACAUCACCUAAAGGCUCUGGGUUUGCAGGUUUCUGCUGCUGGGUAUGAUAGGCAGGCAGUGGCAGACCAUGCUAACAAUCUUGCAUCAAAAAUUCGAAGUAAUUUGACUAAUUCUCUGAAGGCAUUGGGUGUUGACAUUUUGACGGGUAUGGGCAGAAUUCUGGGUCCUCAUAAGGUCAAAUAUGGAAAAGUUGGCUUCUCUGACAAUGUUGUUACUGCGAGGGACAUUAUUAUAGCAACUGGAUCUGUUCCAUUUGUCCCUAAAGGCAUCGAAGUUGAUGGGAAGACGGUAAUUACUAGUGAUCAUGCACUGAAAUUAGAGUUCGUACCUGAUUGGGUUGCUAUAGUUGGAAGUGGCUAUAUUGGGCUUGAAUUCAGUGAUGUUUAUACAGCUCUUGGUAGUGAGGUAACUUUUGUUGAAGCUCUGGAUCAGCUUAUGCCUGGAUUUGAUCCUGAGAUUAGCAAACUAGCUCAAAGGGUGCUGAUAAACCCCCGGAAAAUCGACUACCACACAGGAGUUUUUGCAACCAAGAUAACUCCAGCAAAGGAUGGGAAACCUGUCAUAAUUGAGCUUACCGAUGCCAAGACCAAAGAACCAAAAGACACUCUGGAGGUCGAUGCAGCACUAAUUGCAACAGGAAGAGGCCCAUUCACUAACGGUCUAGGGUUGGAGAAUAUUAAUGUAGAGACACAAAGAGGUUUUGUCCCUGUUGAUGAGCGUAUGCAAGUCAAAGAUAAGGAUGGAAAUCUGGUUCCUCAUGUCUAUUGCAUUGGUGAUGCAAAUGGUAAAAUGAUGCUAGCUCAUGCAGCAAGUGCACAAGGAAUUUCUGUUGUUGAACAGGUCACUGGAACGGAUCAUGCGCUCAACCAUUUGAGCAUUCCAGCUGCUUGCUUCACCCAUCCUGAAAUUAGUAUGGUUGGAUUGACCGAGCCACAAGCAAGAGAGAAAGCUCAAAAAGAAGGGUUUGAAAUAAGUGUUGCAAAGACCAGUUUUAAGGCCAAUACCAAGGCCCUUGCUGAAAACGAAGGGGAGGGACUCGCUAAGAUGAUAUUCAGACCUGACAAUGGUGAGAUUCUCGGAGUGCAUAUUUUUGGGAUGCAUGCUGCAGAUCUCAUUCACGAAGCUUCAAACGCCAUUGCACUGGGCACACGUGUUCAGGACAUAAAGUUCGCUGUUCAUGCGCAUCCAACAUUGUCUGAAGUACUUGAUGAACUUUUUAAAUCUGCUAAGGUAAAUGCUCAUGCAACAAGACCAAUUAGAGAACCGAUUGCUGUCUGAAGCUGCUUCACUGUUUGGCGUGAUGUAUCUGAAGAAACUUUCUUGUGCCGAUAGACUGCGGAUCAAUUUACUAAGAGAUGAGGAAGAAUAAUAGAUUGGGAGAGCUUGCUACUUUCUCAAGGGCAGCUGGACCCGGCUUCUCGGAUAAUAGCUAAAUUCUUUUCCCAAGGCUUUGCAUAUGUAAGCCUCUGAGAGAUUCUUCAGUGACUAUUUUACGUGGACCUUUUGGUUUAGAGCAUCCUGUGUCAUUUCCAGCAUUGUUUGCAGGAUUAAAUAGGUUUUCUGAACCAUAUAUCUAGUGUAUGCUAAAGUAGGUUCAAUCAUUUCUUUCAAUUCAUUUCAAGUCAGGUUCCUGAAUGAAUAGUACCGCUGUAUUGUACCACUCUUUGAUUAUGGGAAGCAAUAAGGUCAUGGUUAAGGUUUGAAACAA